AUCUUCAACACGUCAACGACAUCAAACACAUAAUGGCGUCCGAAUACAUCUACGACGAAGAAGGCGAUGUGUGGCCCUACUUCGUGUUGGCAAUUCUCACGUUCAUUCUCGUUCCUUUGACCGUCAAGUAUCUCGCUCGAAUCGUGUCCAAAAGUGAUCCUGUGUCCUACAAUAAGCUGGUGAAGGGAUCUAUCUCAGACAACCAUGACACCUUGAAGUUGAAUCAUAACAGCAUCAAGACGUUCCAGAAGGCUCAAACAAGUGACAGAAUCCUCAACAAGACGUUGGUGGUGUUGAUUGUGGGCUGGGCAGUGGUGUUCUAUGUGGCCACCAACUUGACCAAACUCGCCGACAUGUCAGGCCUUUUUGAUCCCUACGAAAUUUUGGGGAUUUCUUCGUCAGCCAGUGACAAGCAGAUCAAGAGCCACUACAGAAAGAUGUCCUUGAAGUUUCACCCGGACAAAAUGCCCAAGGACUUAACUGAAGUUGAAAAGGAAGCGUUUGAACAAGCGUAUAUUAGGUUGACCAAGGCUUACAAGGCUUUAACUGAUGAGGUCACCAGAGAAAACUACUUGAAGUUCGGCCAUCCUGAUGGAAGACAAGAUACCACUCACGGAAUCGCAUUGCCCAAGUUCUUGGUGGAAGGAAAGUUUUCUCCAUUCAUGAUUGUUUUCUAUUUCAUCUUGGUGGGGGUCUUAUUGCCGGUGAUGGUGGGUUCUUGGUGGAGCAAUGUCAAGUCCCACACCUCCAAGGGUUUACAUGUGGACACUGCUGCGUUGUUUGUCAAGUAUUUAACUGAUAAGAACCCCGGCAAGGUGAUUACGCCUUUUAGUUUGUUGGACUUAUUGUGUGGUUCGCAUGAAAUCAAGCAUGAUUUCAACCACUUAUCGCUUGUCCAAAUCAAAGACUUGCUCACCGAGUACAUGAAGCGUGAAACCAACAGUGAUGCCAAGUUGGAGCUCGAUAAGUUGAAGAUUGUUAAUGUCGUUCCCAAAUUAAUCGUAGGGUUCAUUGAAAUUGCGGUGGUUUUCAGACAAUCAGAUGUUGUGCUUGUGGCGUUGGACUUGGAAAAGUCCAUUAUCCAAGCCGUCAAGCCAACCGGUAAGUACAAAGACUUGUUGCAGUUGCCAUAUGUUGAUCCUCAAGUGGUGGAAAAGCAGACGGUAAAGAAGUUAGGAAAGUUAUUCACCAAGGACGUCGAUGCCGCUGAAGUGUUGGGAAUAAAGGAUGAGGUCAAGUUGGCCAAGGCCAAGGAAGUGGCCCAGAAAAUCGCCAGCUUAAGAAUCAUCCAAAGCGAAUUUGUUGUUCCUGGAGAAAAAGUUGUUCCUCCAGUAUCCAAGGCACACCUAUCAUUAAAGUUUUUGAUCAAGUCACCUGCGUUGAAGUCAUGUCCCGACCUCAACCCCGACUUGUUAAAGGAUGAAGAGACCAUCGAAUACAUGAAAGAUCCUUCUUCAAUUAACUCUACCCAACCUCAAUUGCCAUUUAGUUACUGCCCUUAUUUCCCCAAUGACAUUGUGAAUAGCUGGUCCGGGGUUUUGAUCAACCAGAGAGACAACAAGUUGGUGGAAGGUAGCAGCAUCAUCAAGUUGACCAAUGCCGACUUGAGUAACGUUAGUCUUGAUCAAGACGCUUGGAUCAAAGGUAACAACGUUGUGAUUGGAACGUUGAACGUUCCGUUGACCCAGCCAACACCACAAGCGGUAGGGACGUAUCCUUUUCGAUUGGUGUUGAAGAACAACGCGUAUUUCGGAGUCGAUGUGGAUCUUCCCUUGUUUUUGGAAGUAAAACACCCAGCUCCCUCCGCCAUUGACAAAGACAAAUUGAUGGGAAUCAGCAAAAAGGAUGAAGACAGCGACGAAGAUAAAGAGGAAGAAACCGAAAACGACGAUGACGACGAAAGUAUUUUCACCGACAUCAAUACCGAUACCGAGGACGAGGAUGAAGAUGAGACCGUCCCCUCCAAAUAGUCUAAUUGUCUAUAGAUACUUAGAUACACACAUAAUUCAUAUCUUUUCAGUUACACCUUCAAGUAGAGCAAAUAUGCGUCUGGAGACUCCAAUCCUUGAAGCUUAUAGUAGUCCUUAACAAGCAGCUUCUGCUCGAACCCGUGCUUCUCGUACCACUCGAGAGCGUGGGUGUUGGUCACGUGGACAUGCACACACACAUCAUGAAUGUAUUUCUGCUUGGUCUGGUCGAUGACAUGAUCCAAGAGCUGUUUACCAACCCCCAAGUUUUGGUACGCCGUCAACACCGCGAGCGUCUCGAUGUACACAACGUUGGGAACCAUCUUGGGUACGAGCUUAGCGCCCACGGCGCUGUCGAAAGUGGCCAAGUCACUGGAUAAAUUGAGUGGUUUGGCCUUAACACCGCCCACUGGUAACUCGGAAAAGAAGGCAAGCUUGACUAUUUGGUCUGAGUUAAGCGCCUCCUUAUACCAGGCCUCACUGUAUGAGGUGGGAAGGCUGACCUGGUUGAUUUUCUUGAACGUUCCCAAGUUGUUGGCAGUCACAUCGUCUAACGAAGUGAUGGAUCUAGCCAUGAUGGUGGUAAUUUUCAGAUUUGGCAGCGCGACUCAAAGAAUA